AGUUUUAAUUGUUUAACAUGAAAAAAUUAUCUAAAACAAUACCACGUAUGUGACACAGCAAAUAGAUGGCGAUACCGCGGAACUGUAGAGAAUUAAAUUUCGCGUAUCUACAAUCUAUGGAUACUGUAAACAAUACCACAUAAAUACAAAAGCGCGCGCAGCCACAGGACAUUGUUACUGCCUUAUUACGUAUUUAAUAGUGCUCAAAAGUGGUUCCAUGCUUGUAGCUUCAUUCGUGACAAUAGACAGGGAUAUAGAUGACGAUCUUUUUACUGAAGAAGAAAUUGUUUCUCAGCUGAAAUCAGCUUAUGAAAGUGGAGGAUCGUUCCUGAGAGUGACUGACAGCGGAUCUCCCAAAAAUGCAGAACAAACAACAGGCGAGAAAAGUCGUAACGCUGAAGUUACAUUUACCGAAGAAGACUUCAUUUCGUAUAUGGGGUUCUCGGUUACUGUUCCUGCUACAUCUAAUGACGCAGAAACUUCAGUGGCUGUAUCCAACAAUGCUCAAAAUGAAACAAUAGUCACAGUUUCCACUUGAGACGACAAUACUUUACAUUCAUUGCUAUGUGAUGGUGCUUAUUGUUUGCGAAACACUCUGGAUAAAUUAUUGGAAGAUCACGGGAGCAAUAAUGAUGCUGACAGGGAAGGCCAAGAAUUUAAUGAUGAAGUAAGCACUGACAGGAAAAGCAAGUCUAAACCACAUCCUGAAGAUUGGAAAAAAAAUUGCCAGUAAAAUUCUGAGAAUGCAUGGACAGGCGUAUAUUGGAUACAAAAGAAGUCAAAUUGGUAAAAUCACUCAUGAUACUCCAAGAGAGGCACGAAAAUUAGGUCCAACAUGUACUUCGAAGAUGCGCCAGAAAUCCGUUCAAAGGAAGUGUCAUCAGUUUUCUACUGAUGAUAGGCAGGCAAUGUUUAACACAUUUUGGGAAACGAUGUCAUGGGAUCAGAGGAAGGUUUACAUUAUCAACCUUGUGGACAUAAUUCCAACCAAAUGUCCAGGGAAGAACAAUGGCGAAUCCAGGAGAAAAGGGAUGCUCAUUUAUCAUUUGAAAAAUGAGCUGAGGAAACAAAGUAUGCAAAAAGAUGUUUCUCAAUACUCUUGGGAUUAAAGAAUAGACUGUCCAAUAUUGGUUAGGUAAUUCCACACAUGGGUCGAGUCCUGAUACAGAAUCGUCACCACUUCGAAUCAAACACACGAAGAAGAAAGAUGAGAGAACCUCCAUGAAAAAAUUCCUGGACUUGCUUCCGAAACUUCUGUCGCAUUACUGCAGGAAAUCCUCCUUGAAGUUGUACCUUGAGCCUAUUCUACAAUCCAAACAACAGCUGUAUGGACUAUGUGGAAAAAUGUCAUGCAGAGAAGGUUUCACCAUUUAGUCGGGCUACCUUUAACUUGAUUUCAGAAGAUGUUAGUUUAUUUUCCCCCAGGAAAGACCAAUGCUACUUCUGCUGUAGUUACAUACUUGGUAACUUGAGUGACGACGUGUGGAAGCAACACACAGAACAGAAAGAGCAGGCAAGGAUGCAAAAAGAUGCUGACAAGAAAGAAGCCCAGCAGAAGCUCUGCUCAGUGUACACCAUGGACUUAUAGGCCAUGAAAGUAGCUCUAUUUUUAAGUGCAAGUGCAGUUUAUAAUAAAACAAAGUUGGCUGUUCAUAACUUUACAAUGUAUAAUUUAGAAAGUCGUAUUGUAGUAUGUUACUGGUUCGAUGAAACACAAGGUGGUUUGGUUGCAUCAUGUUUUGCCUCAUGCAUUCUGGACACCCUAUCCAGAACGAUUAAGGAAAAUCCUGUUCAAGUCGUUCUGUAUUCAGAUGGCAGCACAUAUCAGAACAUAAAUGUGAUAUUAUCAAAUGCUCUUUUAAGAUUGGCAAUUUAUACUGGAGUAUUGAUUCCACAAAAGUUUUUGGAGAAAGGCCAUACUCACAUGGAAUGUGACUUGGUUCAUAGUUCCAUUGAGUGCAAGCUUAAAGGACAUGAAGUUACACUUCCUAGCCAAUACGCUACCAUAUCAAAGAAGCGAGAAAACAACCACAGCCAUAUGAAGUCCAUUACCUAAAUUAUUCCUUUUUCAUCAACUACGCAGAGAAAAGUUUGUGGCUGUACGACUAAGUUAGGCCUGGAAGAGCUGUAAAAAAUAACCCUGCAGUUACCGAUCUGAGGGAACUACAGUACCGCCCAAAUGGUAUUAUUUACUACAAGUGCUCUUCCAACGAGGUGUGGCAAGAAUUACCGAGACGUCCAAGGAAAGUUCUUGGAGAUGUUUGCUUCCCGAAACUACACGAGGAAAGAAUGAAAAUCAAGAAAUCCAAAUGGGAUCAUUUACAACAACUUAAAUCUGUUCUUCCUAAUGAUUGUCAUAGUUAUUAUGACAACAUUCCUUAUGAAUGAAAAUUAUGGUGCAGGUGACUGUGUGAUGAGUAUCAGUGCAGUGUAAUACUCUUUUACUGCUUUGAGUGAUGUUUAGGAUUUUUCUUGAAGAAAUGUGCAGAC